UGGUCAUGUUCGGUACAAGAAAGACCUGGGAUCUUGGCCCCGCCCCCUGCCUGCAGGAACUCUGGAAGAAAGACAUCUCAUUGGACGCCAGCUCAGUGGACUUCCUGAUGAGUGAUGGUGAAGACGAAGGCUCUUUCCUGUCUCUGCCCACCGCUGCCUUCUCACACCGCCCCUCUCUGACUGCAGAGCUGUCCGAACCAAACGCACCCAGCCAGCAGCUGCUCAUCCAGGCUCUACAGGACAAAGUGUGUGACUUCGAAGCUCGUCUUCGUUCUGAAGAAGUCUCCCGUCACCUGCUGCUCCAGCAGCUGAAGCAACGGAGCGUCCAGGAGGAGGCGUACAGGAAAACACAUCUCACCAGUACAGCAGGUGAACCACUUUUGGAUCGUGUCCUCUGUCCAGAAGAAGAGCAGCUCGUUACUCGGCUGCGCACACAGGUGGAGGAGCUGGAGGAGAAGCUGUCGGAUCAGACUGAGGAGGUGGAGAGACUUCGCUCUGAACUGGGGGCGACAGACCUGGAGAAGCAGCUGGAGCUGCUGAUGGUGGAGAACCAGCGUCUGAAGCAGCAGCUGAAGUCAUGCAGGAGUUCAGAGCUUCAGAGCCUCGAGGCCGCUGGAGAGAGCUGCAGCCACUGCCCCCACAGACAGGAUGCGGAGUCCCUGCAGAGGGAGGUGUCUCGCUGGGAGAACCAGGCCCGGCAGAGGGAGCGACGGCUGGCUGAGCUGGAGCGAGAGCUCCUGGAGAAAACCUCCAGAGUGGAGAGUCUCCGGCGGCAGCUGGACGACGGCCGGAGGCAGCUGGAGGAGUCGAGGCGGAGGCAGGAAGAGGCCGAGCAGAAACUCUCCCUCCGACUACAGGAGUGUGAGGAGGAGCUCGCCAGGCAGGCAGCAACGCCCCCCAGAGUCAAGUAUGUGACUCAGACGGUGGAGGUGGAGUCAGCUGACUCUCAGAGAGCUCUGGCUGAGCUGCAGAUGAAGAACGCCGGCUUGCAGGAGCAGCUGUCGGUGCAGAGGACGCUGCUGAGGGAACUCGAGACGCAGCUGCACGAGUCGCAGAGGACCUGCGCUCAGCUCAGGACGCAGAUCCUGGUGUAUGAAGGGGAGAUGGAGCGAGCUCAGGGUCAGCUGGAGGUGGAGAUGCAGAAUCUGGAGGAGGAGAAGAACCGUGUGAUCGAGGAGGCGUUCAUCAGAGCGGAGAGCGAGAUGAAGGCUGUCCAUGAGAACCUUGCAGGAGUGCGUAUGAACCUGCUGAGCCUGCAGCCGGCCCUCCGGACCCUCACCUGUGACUACUACUGUCUGAAGAGGCAGGUGCAGGAGUUCCCCUUCAUGCUGGACAAAGCUAUCACCGAGGCCAAGCACGAGAUCUGCCAGGUGAUCAGCGAGGUGAGCACCACCAAUCAGGAGCUGCUGCGUAAAUACAAGAGAGAGAUGAACCUGAGGAAGAAAUGUCACAACGAGCUGGUUCGACUCAAAGGUAACAUCCGUGUCUUCUGCCGCGUCCGGCCGGUCAGUCUCGAGGAGCAGGACUCCGCCGACUCCAAAACCAUGCUGAGCUUCGACUCGGAGGACGACGCCAUCCUUUACCUGUCCAACAAGGGCAAAAUGAUGACCUUUGACCUGGACAAAGUCUUCACUCCUCAGGCCACACAGGAAGAGGUGUUUCAGGAGGUCCAAUCUCUGGUCACUUCCUGUAUCGAUGGCUUUAACGUCUGCAUCUUCGCCUACGGACAGACGGGCUCGGGGAAGACUUUCACCAUGGAGGGCGCCGUGGACAACCCCGGCAUCAACCAGCGAGCGCUGCGCCUGCUGUUCUCCGAGGUGAUGGAGAAAGCUCCAGACUGGGACUACAGGAUCUCCGUCAGCAUGGUGGAGAUCUACAACGAGACUCUGCGGAACCUGCUUGGGGAGAAUCCUUCGGACAAGCUGGACAUCAAGAUGAACCCAGAUGGCAGUGGACAGCUCUACGUCCCCGGACUGACCCAGUUCCUAGUUCAGAGCCCUGAGGACAUCAACAGGGUAUUUGAGUUGGGUCACAUGAACAGAGCGACGGCCUGCACCAACCUGAAUGAACACAGCUCUCGUUCUCACGCUCUGCUCAUCAUCACCGUGUCUGGCCUCAACUCUGCUACUGGAAACCGCACACAAGGUAAGCUGAACCUGGUGGACCUGGCGGGCUCGGAGAGGAUCGGGAAGUCGGGGGCGGAGGGCAGUCGCCUCAGAGAAGCUCAGUGCAUCAACAAAUCUCUGUCGGCGCUCGGUGACGUCAUCAACGCGCUGCGGGGCCGACACGCCCACGUCCCCUUCAGGAACUCCCGCCUCACGUACCUGCUGCAGGACUCUCUAAACGGGGACAGCAAGACGCUCAUGAUGGUCCAGGUGUCUCCUCUGCCCGGUAACAUGAGCGAGUCCGUCUGCUCGCUGAAGUUCGCUCAGCGCGUUCGCAGCGUGGAGCUGAUGUCUUCGUCCUCCAGGAGACACGAGAACUCGUCCACGUCGUCCUCGCCAACCCACGACAGCGUGGAGCUGGACUCUCCCCCGGUCACCCCCGUCCCUCUCCCCAUCUCUCGGGCUAGCAGUGCCGGCUCCACCCUCUCCUCCGCCUCCAGAACUCCCAGCAGCACCCGCAGGAGGUCCCAGUCCCAGCUGUCCACUGGACGACUGAAGCUGACGGCCUGAGGGACCUGGAGACCGGCUGUGGGGGGGUCCAGGUCUGCAGGGUGUCUGCCAACACUCUGAAGGUUUUUCCCUGCUGGGACACCGACUCCCUCCUCGGCCCGCGGGGUUGAUAACCAGCCACUGACGGGAGCGGGAUGAAGAAGCUAAGACUGAUGGGAACUUUCCAGAACAAUCUCAAAGAACAAACUCGUUGUGUGUUCUUGCUGUGAUGAUAAACAUUUCAAGAUCCAAAGUGACUUUAAUGAGAAACGACUGAUCCCCUAAAGUUCUAGAACCCGUCUGGACUAAAUCCUUAAUCACGUUUAUUUCUGACAGUAUACGCUUCCAAUCACAGUAUUUCUUUUAUUGUUUUUGUAAAGUUGCACUUUAACCUUUUGAGAUUUUUUUCUAAUCCACAAUUCCAGAUGUGGUUUAAUUAUAAUAUAUGCAUAAUAUGGUUCUAUAUUUAUGUUUGCUUUCAUUGAGUUUUUAGGAUGCUGAACAUGUGAAAAGAGGUUGAUCUUAAAGUUCUCUGACUGAACUCUCAGGAGAUCUUUUCUUUUCAACAUUAAUCUCAUUUCAUCACGUCUUGAAUCCUCUUCUGUAGUUUUCUAACGGAGGCUGUCUUUGUGUCCUCGUGGUCCUCCUUUAUCCAAUCAGGGUAGCCCAGCGGUGCCGAGCUGUCCAAUCAGAAGAGAGCAAUAGGAGAGCUCCUCCUGUGUUCACGUUAAUCCUCUUCCUGUGGAUGUUUUUAUUUUUCAUUCGUCUUCUUUCUGCUCGCUGAACAAAAAUAAUCUUCUUCACUUUCUUCACUGUGCUCCUGCUGUGUAUCUCUAUUAAUAAAUGUAGGAAGCCACGGGUGACCUUUGACCUCAGCCAUAACAGAUCUGUAGCUGUGGACUGGUGGGUUUGAGGUGAGGAGUUGUUGGUAGUUUAGAAACAGGAAUGCAUAGAAACGCUUUGAGUGUCGUUGACCUGAUGAUCAACACGUCUGCUUGCUUUGUGUCUGCUGUAGAUUUCUACAGGGAGUUUUUUUUUGUAUUCCUUUUUAAUAAAUAAACAUC